UCCUCCUCCUCCGGCACCGUAACUUCCUGGAGACGGGCUUUAUUUUUAUACAGAAAAAAUGGCGGCUUUAGGCUCAAAUAGUACCUCGGAGAAAUCAGGGACCGCGUCUGAAGCCCAGUCGGGACCGGAUAAUGAUUUUUGGGCGGGACAGGGUCCAGUGGUUCUGCGGGAUCCAGCGAUUAAAUUGCUGAGUCCGGUUAGCGGUCUUGAGCCCCUGUCGUGGGCAGAGGAUCACAGACUGGCGGCCUCCAGCGCUAACAGCGUGUCUAUCAUGGAGCUGGUGUAUGACAUACACGGUCUCAGUCAAAAUCUGUUGCUGCAUCGCAGUCACAUCCCCGUUCCAGACAGCGCUUGUGAUCUCAAGGUGGGCCCUGAAAAGGAAGUGCAGACUGUUAAAGAAAGCUUUGCAAAGAGUAAAGAUCCUGUAGUAAGCCAAAUGAUAUUGAUGGACAGAGUCAUCCAUCCUCAAAGUGGACGUCUCCAUGGCGUGAAGUACACCAGUUGGUCACCAUUAGGCUGCGACAAAUAUGGCCGCUGUCUUCUUGCUUUCUUAACACUGGACAAUCGUCUCACAAUCCACAGCAGUCAUUUGCGAUUGCAGUGGACGCCACUCCUGGACCUUACAGAACUAUAUGGAGAAAUGUUAAAAUCCAGGAUCUAUUCUGCUCAGAAUGACGGCUCACCGCCGAACUCUAUUAAGCACUUGGAUGAACUGCAACGCCGUUAUUGUAUGCAGACGCCAGUGUGCAUGGAGUGGUCUGGUCUGUGCAGUAUGCAGCAAGUUCAGACCAAUAAUGCAUGUAGAGACGUUAACACUGUUCUUCUGGCUGUACUUAUGGAGAACGGAGACGUAGUGGUGUGGCAGUUCAGCUUGCCCCCACAAGGAAAGGAUUCAGUGGUGUCCUGCAACACCAUAAAAUCUGGCGUGUCGUCACCAAGUAUGCUCACCUGGUGGGAAUAUGAGCACAGUGGACGGAAAAUGAGCGGACUGAUUGUGGGCAGCUCAGUUGGACCUGUAAAGAUCCUUCCAGUCAACCUCAAGGCAGUGAAGGGUUACUUCACUCUCAGGCAGCCUGUGGUUUUGUGGCAGGAUAAGGACCAGAUACCCGUCCAGUGCUUGUUGCUCAUCUCCAAAGCUGGUCUCAAUGUUCACAACUCCCAUGUCACAGGCCUUCAUUCCACCCCUAUCAUAUCAAUGACCGUCUGUCAUAAUGGCGGGACUAUUUUCACCUGCUCACUAGAUGGUAAGGUGAAGAAGCUCACGCCGGUUUUCACAGAUGUUGCUGUUGAGUUUAAACAGGAGGAGAUUGCUCUGCCAGAAGGAGUUGCGGGUCGACGGAUACAUGGCAUAUCUGUCAGUCCAAAUGGUGCCUACUUGGCUCUUAUCUCCAAUGAGGGCAUGAUCAAUGGGCUCCAUCCCGUCAAUCGCACUUACCAGGUGCAGUUUAUCACCCUUAAGUCUACAGAUGAAACGGCUACUGAGCUGCUUGAGUCUCAAAUGCACAAUCUCUUCAGAAAAACGGACUUGCUGGACUUGCUGCGUUGGCGGAUACUGAAGGACAAAAGCAUCCCUUCGGUUCUGCAGAACAAUCUAGAUGAGAAGCUCCAACCCUCAGGAUCCACCUACUUAUGGCGCCUCAAGCUUUUCCUCCUCCGGAUGCUCUACAAGUCCAUGCAGAAAAGCCCUUCAGAGCACCUCUGGCGGCCGACUCAUAGGGAAGGUAAAGCUGUGGAUGAGGAGGCGGGUGGAGGUGAAGAUGAGAUGGCUGAGAUCUCCGCUCUAGAAGAGCUCAGGCAAGGCGAUGCCGAAAGGCAGUCCAGUGAGGAACAAAUGAGGGAGAUCUGCAGCAGGAUUGAAGAAGUGGAGUCCCAACUGAUCCACGAGAACAUGAAGAAGGUGCUGGGCGAGGUGUACCUGCACACCUGCGUCACUCAGAACACAUGUAUUCCUACCAAAGGUGUGUGUGACUUCCUCACAAAUGACCCUGCUAAUGAAGACAGGGCAGCAAAGGUGCUGAUAGGUCAUAUAAUGAAUAAGAUGAACAAACAGACAUUUCCAGAGUAUUGCAGCCUCUGUAAAGAAGUUCUGCCUUUCACAGACUGCAAACGAGCAGAGUGCAAGAAUGGGCACAGAUGGCUCAGGUGUGCGCUGUCAUAUCAGGCCUGUCAGGGUGUGACAUACCGCCGCUGUCUAUUGCAGGACAGUAUUGCCUCAGUAGCAGAGCCCGAGGACUCAGACUGGAUCAAGAAAAUACUCCAAGGUCCCUGCAUCUUUUGUGACUCCCCUCUCUACUAAAGCAGUGGGGUGAAAGAUGACAAAAUCUCCACGGCUGACUACUGAAUUACUUAAGUGGGCUACAUGCCACAUAAAUGCCUUUUAUUACUUGAAAGAGAAACCUUUGAAAGUCUAUAAAGUAUUCACUAAUUGUUUUGUAAUAUAGGACAUGUGGGAAAUUUUCUUCUCAAAGGAUCUUUAUUUUAAAGCCAAGCUUGAGCUCAAAAGUGAUAUAUAAUUUUUUAUAUCAUGAAAACUAUGACUGUAUGUGUUGUUAAACUAUUCCAUUGUAAUUUUUUUCUGUUAAUGCUGUAUAUUUUUGAUUUGUUAAUAUUAUGCUGCCACGACAUUCUACUUUUGCAUUAAAAAUGCACACUCUUCCCGUGGGUGAUUUUAAUUGGUUAAAAUAAAUCCAUUUCCUAACUGGCUUUGGGAACAUUUCUAUGGACCUGCAAACACCAACUCCCCCAUCUCCAAAAAAUGACUUUUCCUUGGCCUAAAGGAAAAGAAGAUGACUGUACAAGGAAAUGAAAAACAGCGAGACAGAGAGAAAACUGUUUUAAAACUGAUCCAGCCCUCCAAAGGGCCGAACUCUAAUGAGAUACAACAGUAAUGAGGAAUGGAUCCCGGCCGCAUAUGUGAUACCCAUUUUAAUUAAGAUAGCGAGCUUGAGUGCAUAUUGUUAAAUAUAGUUAGCCCUUUUUUUUGUGGGUCGCAGGGAAGACGCAUGCAGGCCAUGAACCCUGACGGCCCAUUCCACACAAUGUUGCUAACAUACUGGGGUCAAUGGUAAUCAAAGAAAGACUCAGGCCGGUUGGACCCUCAAAAUGCUCUCCUCCGUGUCCGUUCUCAUCUCCGGUACAUCUUGUCGCCUUGCCCUGCGCUCUCUCUAGUGUCACUGAAGAUGAUAGCUCUCCUCAGGGCUAGUCGGCAGCCCUGUCUUAGGUUUCGGAUGGUAUCCCGAGAUAAAGAUGGGCUGAUAAUUACACACGAUUCUGCUCCCAUCUCUCGUUCGGCAUCAAUGAAAGCAUUCUGUACCAUCAAAGGGCUUAAAAAUAAAGUAAUCAGUGUGUUUAUGUAGUUUUUCUUGUGUUUAUUAUUCAUAGAGAGGGCCUUCAUUACGAUGCGUUCUGAAAUGCUGCCAUAUCAUUACAAUUGGUAAUGCAACAUGUAAGGGGUGUUUGAUUAUGAGGUAAUAAUGUGCAUUAUGUAUUAAUCAAAGAGCAACUAGAACACAAAGGCAGUGCUCAGAACCUCAAAUGCCGUCUGUUGGAUGUCACAGCAAAUUUGUUCACUGACAUAUUGC